AUGUUAAAGUCUCAUGAUGAUGAUUGCUAUGAAGAUAAAAUAAAAGUUGACAGACAGUCUCCAGAUCCAGUGAAUGCUCUUUUCAAAGUUGAUAAGGUGCAUACUUCAUCUCAGGCUACAUCAUCUCAGUGGCAAGAUGAUCUAGAGUCGUUACAAUUCAGUUUUGAAGAUUCAAACAUGACCUCCACACAACAAAAUGAUUAUGGGUUGAACAAAGAUAUUCAAUUAGGAACAUCAGACCUUCGGAGCCAGGAUAAUUAUGAUGGUGAUGUAUGUGAUAAGUCAAAACAAGAUGUAAUUACUAUGGAAACGGACAAACAUGAAAUAUGUGAUAAGUCGAAUAAAACUGUGGUUGCUAUGGAAACAGACAAACAUGAAACAUGUGAUAAGUCAAAUAAAACUGUGGUUAAUGUUGAAACAGAAAAAUCGAUUGAAGACAAAGUAAAUGAAUACGAUUUGAAGGAAAAUGAGAUAUGCAAUGCAAUAGAUAAUGAAAGGUUAGAUUGUAAUAGUCAGGAACAUCCUGUAAGUCCUCACAUAGAUUCUCCUAGGAGAGUGGGAGGAAAGGAAGUUAAAGACAAACCAUGUGUGUCUAUCAGUGAAAAUGAUAAAGAAAUUGCUAAAGUAGUCAGUGAUACAGGAACCAAACAUAUGAAGACAUUGGGAUUAAGAAAAACUGCAAAUUUAAAACUGAGAACACAAGAGCAUAAUGCAAGUGAAAGUUUAUGUUUAGGAAAUGUUAAGAACUCAUUGGUUGUUAAGGAAAAGGCAAACAAAGAGGCCAAUGAACUAGACAAUAUUCAAAAAGGAGUUAAUACUCCAAAUGAUAUGAGAGAGAGCUUUGAGUUGGGGUCUCCAAAUGCUCACAGCACACAAAUUAAUGAGAUUGAAAAUAUAGAAGUUUCUGCAAAAAAUUCAUCAGUAUUUGAAAGUACUGAAGAAAAUGAAAGUCAGAGACAAUUUGAAACAAAUAUCAAUGAAAGUGAACACAUGCCUGAUAAUACUUGGAAAGAUUCAACAAGCCAGAAUAGAACUGGUAUAAUAGUUUCUCAAGGAGAUAGGUUGAAUAAGGAACUAACUAUUAAUGAUGACUGUUCUAUGUUGGCACAGUGUCAAAGUAUUAAAAGUGAAAUUGGGGCUGAAAUGGAAACCUCUCGCAGCUCUAAUUCAUGUAAGUCUUCAUUGUCAGAUAGAGAUGUAUCAGUGAUGUUAAAUUACUACUCUCAAUCUUCUACCUCUUCUAAAUCACCCGAGGACAAAUGGCAUAACAUGGUUGUAAGACUGAAUGACAAAAGGAAGAAAUUACAAGCUUUGAAAUAUUUAGCUAAUCGUAUUUCUAUGUCGAACAGUAGAAAAAACUUGUCACAUGAAGUGAGCAAUGAUGCAGAAGGGGGUAAAUGCCUCAAAGAAAAUGAAAUAAAACAGGAGGACACAAGCAGUGAAGGUAAUAAUGAAGUGAGCAAAGUUUCUGAAAAUAUAAACAGUACAGAAGAACUUGGAAGUAAUUGCAUUGAGCCCUUGAUUUUUGGUUCUAAGGAUGAACUCUUGACUGAAGUGAAAACUGAACCAAUAGAAGAUGAAACAGAAUAUAGUAAAAUGGAAAGCACUGAUACUGGUUAUCCAAUUGUAAGUUCAUCAUUAAAUGAAAGUUUGGAGGAGAGUAGAAACAAUCUAUUACAAUCAGAUGAUAUGUUAGAAAUGACUGACUUGGAAACAAUUGAUAGAAUUCAUUGUGAGACAAUUGAAAGGUAUAAUAAAGCAAAUAAUAAAUCUAAAAGUGAAAAUUCUAAGCAAUCAGAUGCUGAAGGGUGUCGCUAUUCUCUCAAACACGAUACUGAAAGCAUCAAUGUGAGUGAAGAAAGACAGCAUUUUAAUCAGAGCCAAGAAAUUCAAGACAGUGAAAAUUCUGAUAAACUGAGUGAGAAAUCAAAAAAACGUAACCCAUUUACUCCUGAUUACUUUGAAAUUGAGUCUGACAGUUGUAAAAGAUCAAAAAGAUUAGUAAGAAAAGUGAUUUCAUGUCGUGAGAAAGAUCGUGAACUUAAUUCUUGUAGUGAAGGGAAGUCUGUUUCUUCUAGAGCAAAUGAAGGAAAGCCAGCUUCUUCCAAGUCCAGUUUUGUCCGCAGAGGAAACAAGUAUAGUAACAUUAGAAGAUAUUUAAACAACAAAAAUGUGAUAUCAGGAGACAGCCAAGAUCAGAACGAUGUACAACAAGAUGAAUCAGGUUUGAACUAUCAGAACGAUGGUGUGAACCAUCAGAACAAUGGCGUGAACCAUCAGAACGAUGGUGUGAAGGAAGAAGCUAUAUCUAUGAAUGAUAAAGAUGUAACAGCAUGUUCAACAAAGGAAUCUGAGACUGCUGCCCAUCCUUUAUCUGAAGUUGAUAAUAAAAUGCAUCGUAAGCUGCAAGUAGUAGCUAAAGACUUUCAUUCUACCAAACUAAAAUAUGUGUGCGUAGUAAAAAAACAUGAUAAAAGCCCUGUGGGAUGUAAAAGUAAAGAAGAUGGUACUGAAAGGGCACAAAUGAAUUCUACUGAAUGGACCCAGAUAGAUGACAACAUUUUGAGAAGGGUUUCAGAGAAAAACAACAUCCAAUGGAAAUUUAAGAGAAGCAUACAUAUAAGACUUGAAAGAUGUGAUAAAAAAGAAAAUAUAUGUGGAAAAGUGAAUAAUAAACGUAUUCCAGACAGUUGUAAAGAGGCAGUUGAAAAUGAAAAUGAUUUGCAUUGCUCAGGUGAUGAUAAUAGCUCAGAAUUAUCGAAACAAAAUGAUACAAUAUGUUGUUUAGAUAAAAGCUUAAAUAGAGACGUAUGCAUAAGGCUUGAAAGAUGUGACGAAAAGGAAAAUAUUUGUGGAAUAUCAGCUAUUGGUGGUAAUGAUAGUUUAACAACUAGAGAGAAUGUUUCCAAGAAAUCAGACAAAACUUUUAGAAUCCCUUUUUCUGGAUAUGAGCUUACAUCAGAUGAUGAGAAAGGUUUUACAAAAGAGAGCAGUGAUUCGAGUGUUAAUAAAGAAUACUCUGGUUGGGUUGUUUCAGAUACAGAGUUUCCUAGAGGUAAAAAAGAUAAAAUAGUUUUAUCUUUAAAAAGGAAGUGCAGACCUGUAGAUGACUUAGUGAAGACAUUUAACAAAGAGCUGGUUGGAAAAGAUAAAAAUGAUCACAUUGAUGCGGAAACAAUUGAUGGAACUGAUUGUUUUGAUCAAGAUAUGGGUUACUUAGGAGUGCUUAAAGAAACUUAUACAGAGAGUGAGGUGAAUGUUAAGAAGAGUAAAGAGAAUGAUGUUGACAUACAUGAAGAUGUUACAAACGGUGUAAUAAAUGAAGCUUCUGAUAAUAUAAAACCAGCAAACUCAGAAGAAGGUGGUAGUCUUUGCGUGCACAAAAUGCAGGAAAGUGAAAGUAUAAGUCAUCAGUUUUCAAACAUUUUUACAAGCCCUCUGCAGGGUACACAACCUUUUGAAAUAUGUCAGUUUCCAGAAACGCAGGAAUUUGUACCAGAAUCUCCAACAAAAUUCAAUAACGAACCAUUGGAAGUCAGUGUUUCAGGAGAUUCAACAGAGUCAAGUAUAAUUCCACAAACACAACAGUUUGUUCCCACUUUAUCUGAAAGUUUAGAGCUGACACCAUUGCCAGAGGUCAUGACAACAAACAAUGACAAGAGUAUUCCUGAAGUUAACUUAUCUGAAAACACAGAUAAAUUAUUAGAGGUUCCAUUUCCAGGUAAAGGUACAAGUGAAAGGUGUGAAGGUUCUAAACAAUUAGAAAAAUCUGUUCCUGUAAUUAACCAAUCUGAAAACAAAGAAAAAUCAGUUAAAAGUAUAAGUGAUGAUUGUGAAAGCUCAAAAGAAUUUAAAAAAUCUAGUCCUGGAAUAUACCAAUCUGAAAACAAAGAAAAAUCAUUGAAAAAGAUAAAUGAUGGAUAUGAAAGCUCAGAAGAAUUAGGAAAAUCUAAUCCUGGAAAUUACCAAUCUGAAAAGACAGAUAAAUUAGUAGAUGUCUAUUUUCAUGGUAAAGAUAUUAAUGAUGGAUGCGAAAGUUCAAAACAAUUGGAAAAAGAUUUAAUGAAAAGUCCAUUAGACAAUCCAGCCCAAAAACAUGACACAUCAGUUAGAUUGUCUUCACCUGAAAAGAUGAUCGCUUCAAAGAUAGAACCAUAUACCGUAAAUGAAACAGAAAAAGUGAGAAAAGAUGAGAAGAGUGAAAAUGUCAAUCCUGUGACUUCAAGUGCCGAAACAAUACAACCAGCAGUGGACAUUGACAAUGAUAUAGUUAAUGAGUUGAGAAAUAAAAAAUUGAAUGAAUCAGCUGAUAAUGAAGCAUUUACAAAAUUGAUCAAGAAAACAGAACAUCAAAAAGCUCCAAAUGUCACCUAUUCAAUAAGCAGUCAAGGAAAAACUAUAUUUAAAGUUAAACCAUAUAGAAAGAUGGAUUUGCAAAGGAAAAGGAAACUGUAUGAUGAAGAUGAAGAAGUAAAUUUGAAUUAUCAGACUGACAAAAAGAAACAGAGGUUCAAUAAACAAGAUUCAAGUAGAACAAUUGAUGGUAUAAAGCAAAAGGAAAAGAAGCACACUACAUCUUCUGUUAUUGAAAUGCUUGACAACACUGAUAAUUCUUCUCUUGAUGAUUUUCUGAUAAGAAGCCCCACUAAGAAAGCAAAGACAGAUUCAUUAAAUGUUAACAAAGACUCUGUUAAAGAUGAAGGAAAGUCUCCUAAAGUUGGAGAGAGUAUGAAUUUAAGAAAACCUUGUAAGACAUAUGAACCACGUAAAAUUUACAUAGAUGGGAAUUGUUUUGGUAAUAAAGUGUUCUGGCAGAAUUUUGUAGAUUCUCCUUAUCCAGCUACUGUAUCUUGUGAGACAAAGAAGAAAUGUGAUAUUGAAAAGACAAACAAGACAAAGUCUAGUUUAGAUUCUAGUCAAGGCUCUGAGAAAAAAACUAGUCACGAAAGUGUCAAAGUUGGAAAAUCUGCUGAAUUGAAUAGAUCGUCAGAGUCUUUAUUUUCAGCAGAGAAUAAUGAACAAUGUAAAGAUAACUCUAGUCCAGAUUCUGUUAGUUUAAUACCUUCCAAAAAACAAGCAGUAUUAAGCGAUGUUGGUGCAAAAACUAGUUCGAAGAAACCAAUUGAUCAAACUAAAUUGAAAGAACCUGUAAAGGUGUUAAAUGAUAUUGAAAACAAAGGAACCAGUAGUGUUUAUAAAGGGCCUGUAAAGGUGUUAAAUGAUACUGAAAACAUAGGAACUAGUAGUGACCUUGUUUAUAAAAAGUCUGAUAGAGGAAUAAGAUUCUACAGAAAAAGAAAUGUAGAAAAUGAUAUAAACAUUUCAAAUGAUGUACCGGAAAAUCCUGCAACAUUAUGUUUACAGGAAGGAACAAAUAUAGAAAAUAAUGAUAAAAGUGACAAUAAGAUUGGAAAAUAUUUAUUCAGGCAUUCUGCUGGAAAGGAUAUGUUAAAAGAUGAAGAUACAACAGGUUGUAAAAAUAUUAAAGUAGAUGACAGAUUGACAAGUAUAGCAGGCAAGAAAUCUUCUGUUCUGACACGGGUAGAGGCGGUAGAUAAGAAUGAGUUUAUAGAAGAUUGGCUACUGAAACAUAAGAAGAUAGGGGAGCAGACUGAGCUGUCACCUACAGAUUCAGAAACUCUUGGGGUAUCAUUACCCUCAUAUCAGCCUGUUAGUGCCGGCUGUGAGCAGUCACGUGAUGCUGAGCUGAAAAAUGAGAAAUCUUUCUGUAUCAAUGAUGGUUUAGAUGAAGAGCAACAAGGGAAAGAUAACUCUAGAUGUGAUUCAAGUUCUGCUGAGUCAUCUGACAGUGUUAAUAGUGAAGAUUUAAAGAAACCAAUGUCAGCUGCUGCUAGAUACUUGCUUAAGUUUAAAAAAGCUCAAAGAGAAAAGAGAAAGAGAAAUAGGCUGAAGACAAAGUUAGAAAGACCAGCAGCAAAGCUUGUUUGAAAUUUAUACAGAUACAUAUACUGUUCAGUAAUUGAAAUUUGGAGUGUUGACUUCUGCUGAAUUUUCUUAUACAUGUAUUAUAAAUCAUGGAUCAAAAGAAUUUAUGCAGUGAUAUACUAGUAUGAGCCGCGUCACGACAAAACUAACAUAGUGGGUUUGCGACCAGCAUGGAUCCAGACCAGCAUCCACAAGUAGAGUAACUGAUAGCGAACAGCAUGGAUCCUGGUCAGACUGGUCAUUAUAUGUGGUUUCAUGUGUAAAGGUUGUGAGUUGUUUACAGAGCAACGCCACAAUAAUGAAAUUAUUUGAAGUCUUAUAUAAGUUAAUUUACAGGGUAUUAAGUUAUAUCUAUUAAAAUAUCUUUAUAAAGUUCAUAAAAUGGAAAAUUCAUGUUGUUUUCCUAAUCUUAUGGUAGAUUCUGGAAACACUUGUUAACAUAAAUGAGCCCUGUCAUGACAAACCAACAUAAUGGGUUUGCGACCAGCAUGAUCUAGACCAGCCUGUGCAUCCGCACAGUCUGAUCAGGAUCCAUGCUGUUCGCUUACAAACCCUAUAACAAGUAGAGAAACUGAUAGCGAACAGCAUGGAUCCUGAUUAGACUGCACGGAUGGGCAGGCUGGUCUGGAUCCAUGCUGGUCGCAAACACAUGUUGGUUUUGUCAUGGCGCGGCUCAAAUAUCACUGUUAUUGUGUAUGCACAAAUUAUGUACUAAAAUAGAAAAAAAUGUAGUGGAAUAAUAUAUUAUGUUUACUAUUUUAAGUAGGAUUUUAAUAUGUCAUUUGCUCUUAAGGAAAUAUAUAAACAUAUUUCUUUCUUACAGAUAUUUUGAAAUUAUUUCUUAUCAAACUUUAAACAAUAAUUUUGUUAAAAUAUUGCUUUAUACACUUUUAGUUUGAUAUAUCGGUUCCUUAUUAAAGCUGCAUGCCUCCAGAUGACCCAAAAUAUUUCAAGAAAAUUAAACUUCGAAAAACCAUACUAAAUCUUUAAGAAAAGUAAACAAAUGAAAGAUUCUAGUGAUAAUUUAUAUCAUAUGUGCAAUUAAUGACUGUAUUUUGCAGUAUUUAUCACCAUAUUUCUACUGCGUUACUAACGCAGUAGGGGCUAUUUAUGCAUAUUUUGACCUCUUUUUGGUAAUUUAUGUGGAUUUUAAGUGCUGAUUGUAAUGUGUCAAGUACUUUUUUUGUUCAUUUCACAAUAUUUUACCUUUAAAUACAUUUUCAAAAUUUUCAUGAAAAUUAAGAUGAAUCGGGAGGCGUGCUGCUAUAAGCAUUGAGUGUAUUAUAUGAUGAUAUUAUUUUAUGUGCUACAUAUAAUGCCAUGUAUUGUUUUCAAUUUUUACUUGAUUUGAAGAAAUAGAAUGAAAGUAUGCCAUGUUUUGAUUAUUAUGGAAACUUGUCACAAAAGCAUGUUGCUAGAUUUGCUCUAGGUAAUAUAACAUAAUAAAAAGAAAAUCUUUUAUGUAUAAGUACAAUAUAUAAAUAUUAAUAUAAGGCUGGCAAAUAUUAUGCUUAUUUAUUUUUUUGCAUUGUUAAUAGCAACUUUUAGACUUUUUUUAAGUUGUACCCUUUUAUUUCUAUGUAAAGAGUUUCUUCUGCUUUAAAUUUGGGGCUUCAACAGUUCAAGGGAAUCUAAUUUUUCAAUACUAAAACUGUACAGCCAGUUGUGUAUUGUCUAGUUAGGGGUUGGUUUGGAUUAAACUGCAGAUAGAAGGGGCUGUAAACUAAUUGUAUAGACAACUAACUUAUUCAAAGAGUUGCACAUGUACAGUAUUGCUUGAAGACUUAUAUGAUUUUGUUUAUAGUUGUAAUACAUGGAAAUAUUGUUGAUUUUGAAAAUGUUUAGUGCUUUAGUAUAAAUCUCUUUUCAUCUUUAUUAAGAACAUCUGUAGCAUAUAAUGAUCAACCUGUGUUUAAAUAUUCUAUUUGUAUGUUAUUUUUAGCUCUCCUCAGCACAAAGUAAUUACAUGUUUUACAUAUUAAUCCACACACAUUAAACACCAUCUCUUCCUAAAUCAUAUUGUAGAUUAUGGCCAAAUUUCUUAGCAAUAAUUUUUCAGUGACCCUCUACAAUCGUUUAAUAAUACUGCACGUUUGUAACGUCACUUUUCAUUGGUAAUCGUGACGUUUAUAUAGUUUUAUAUACACGGCUGCUGUCGACUCAUGAAGAAAUCUUACUUUUUUCUUUAAAAAAAUGAUACUUGCUGUAUUAUAAAUUCGUAAUAAAGAUUGUUGACAGGUUAUAUGGCCGUAUAUAAACGGCUGUUUGCAAUAUAACCCUCGCCUGGCGGCUCGGGUUAUAUUUACAAAUAGCCGUUUAUAUAGGGCCAUGUAACGUGUCAACAAUCUUUAUAACUAAUAAUAUAAAUGUUUAUUCUCAAAAGCUAAAAGUUUUUGUGUUAAAAGUGGGAUCUUUAAAAAUUAUCACUACAGAAACUAAAAUGCCAAGAGCAUAUAUAUUUUACUGGUUGUGUGAACCAGGUAUCAAAAUUUGCCCUGUCCUUGGGUCACUUUGUUCACAUAUAUAGUGUAUAAGAAGACAUGUUUAUAUAUUCUUGUUUGAAAUUACAAUGCCCAGAGCUUUGAUAUUUGUUGAUGCCAUAUUGGGUGGUCUUUGCCCUAUUCUUUUUAUUUCAAACUCACUUCAGAAUUGAUCGAAAUAAUAUAAAAGAACCUUAUUUUUAUUGUAUGUUUUUUUUCAUUGAUCAAAAGUUUUAUAACUUCUCAUUUCCCAUUAAUAGAUCUUUAAUCUUGUUUGUUAAUAAAAUACUGUUUUUAGAACAAUGAUUACUCUGAUAAUGACACAAAUAAGAUUUUAUUAUUUGAACAAUACUUACUUUAAUGAGAGAUGAAUAAAUAAAUUAGCAUUAAAAAUAAAUAGUUACUGAAAAAAGGCAACUCAAGAAUUAUAUAAAUUAUUGUCACAUUCUUAAGUUUUAUGCAUGACACAUUAAGGCAAUAUACAUACUAUCUUGAAUCUUACAUAAAUGGCAAAAGCCUUUUCCCCAAACUAUUACUUAUUAGUUUUUUGUGUGUACAAUUGCCUACUUUACUUUUAUAAAAAAUAAAUAUAUUAGAUUUUAUGUUGUUGUACCAGCCUUGGAUAAAUACUCCUUUGUUCAACAUGGAAUAAAAAAAAGAUAAAUAAAAAGUCACUUUAGCUUUUUUUGUCUAUAUUUGAGUGUCUCUAUACUGUAUGGUUUAUAGCAAUUUUUAUAUUACCCCAUGUCUGUUGCUUGUCUACUUUACAUACACCCAUUGACAGUCUAUAUGAACUACGUAAAUAGCCGAGGUGUAUCAAGUGAAAAAUACGAGUUGUUUCCUUUAUCUUCCUUCAACUUCUCUCACAACACCACUGGGCUGAAUUGAACAAAACUUGUUUAUAACGCUCCUUUCAUGCUCCGAUCCGGAGAUGGGGCGGGCGUUUAGGAUAUCAGAAUUUUGACUCCUGGCCUCCUCUGGAAAACUAGAACAAUGUCAACCUCUUUUCAAAAUGCAUUACACCUUAUCAGAAUUGUUGGAUCCUGUCUGGUAAAAAAUCCUGGAUCUGCUCCCUUGAAUUGCAUGCAGCUGUGCCAAAGUUGUACAAAUUGUUUUGCUUUUGCUAAAUAUUUUAAAGGCAUCUUCUCCCAAACCACAUGGUACAGAGCUU